AUGCCUUACAUUGCUUCAUAUACGACCAUUAGCGUGCAAGUUGUCAGUCUCAAUGCACAUGUAACAAACAUCCAUUCGCGUGGCAUCUUGUGUCGUCUUUCAUCGUCGCAGCAGCCGGUCGGCGGAAGUGUUGUCGCUGUUGCUGGUGAUCUCGACUUGACGGGUCUCUUGAAGAACACAGAAAGUGAAAUCUCCAAGAAGAGGUCAUGUGAAGAAAGAAUAAGAGUAGCGUGUAGGGCAAGAAAUCUAGUUUAG